CAUGUCUUUCGUAGUGUAUAAACUCUUCGGUGUGUUGCCAUAUUAUUUCCUCAAAUUGCUGUUACGUUAACAACCACACGCAUUUAGAGUUUGUUUUUGAAUUAAAACAACUGUGGUGCAGCAUGUGGUCAUAGGAAAAACAGUUUAUAGACAUUAGACUGAGAAAUGGCAGCGGAAUUAGGGCCCGCCGCAUUUCCUGCACAAAUCGAUAUGCAGGAGCCGGUCUCAAAGAUCAAAUUUCUACACGCACUCGCAGCUGGCGGUGUGGCUGGUUUCGUGGUGGACAUAGCAUUGUUUCCCAUUGACACAGUUAAGACGCGUCUGCAAAGUGAGUUGGGCUUCUGGCGCGCGGGUGGCUUUCGAGGCAUUUAUAAAGGGUUAGCCCCAGCUGCAGCUGGCAGCGCACCUACUGCUGCCUUAUUCUUUUGCGCCUACGAGUGUGGCAAACAUCUGCUAAGCUAUGCGAGUAACACCAAAGAUUCGCCAUAUGUGCAUAUGACAGCUGCCUCCAGUGCCGAAGUUCUGGCCUGCCUUAUACGUGUACCUGUUGAAAUUGCCAAGCAACGUUCCCAAACACUCUUGGGCCACAAACAGCAUCAGACAGCACUGCAGAUAUUAAUGCGCGCUUAUCGCAGCGAGGGACUGCGACGUGGUCUCUAUCGCGGAUUUGGUUCAACGAUUAUGCGCGAAAUUCCUUUCAGCUUAAUACAGUUUCCACUGUGGGAAUAUUUUAAACUGCAAUGGACGCCAAUGACUGGCUUUGAUUCGUCACCCCUAACAGUGGCUCUCUGUGGUGCCAUUGCUGGCGGCAUUGCGGCUGGGCUGACAACGCCGUUGGAUGUGGUCAAAACGCGAAUAAUGCUUGCAGACCGAGAAAGCCUGUCGCGGCGUCGUAGCAUACCAGCUGUACUGCAUGGCAUUUAUAUAGAACGUGGCAUAAGCGGUUUGUUUGCCGGUGUUGUGCCUCGCGUUCUCUGGAUAACAUUAGGCGGGGCAUUUUUCUUUGGUUUUUAUGAUCUAACAACGCGUUUAUUGAGCGCUGCAAAUGCUGCUGAUUAACAGCUUAAAUAGGCACAUAUUUUUAGUAAAUG